UUGAGUUUCUUUGUUUUCAUUUGCAUUUCAAUUUCCAUGGAAACAAAUUGUAGACAAGUGAGAGAGAGAGAGAGAGAGAGAGAGAGAGAUCCACACCUCAUGAAGAAGAAUGAGAAGGUAAAAGAUAUAAUUACGAUUCGAUUUUUGGACAUUUCGAGUUGAGGCCAUCGACUCUAACCUUUUCUCUUCUCCUUCCGAAUCCAUUUGUGAUUCACCUGAAUAGUGAAUCUCUUGGUGGUUUGUGUUUACAUUUACUGACCAAAUGGGUUGACCAAUUUUUCCAGAUUAAUAGAUUUUAACGAUUAUUUAAUUUUAUUUCUCUCUAAUUGUGAUAUGAGUGACUCCAUAAUUAAUAUUGAUGACACUUUCUCCAUACUCGGUGGUUUCUCAACAGAAAGUGGUUAUUCCCUUGGUGAGGAAUGUGAUCUGGAACAUGAUCAGUGGUUACAAAAUUAUUUGACGACAAUUGAUAAGAUUGUAUUACUUGGUAAAUCUCCGGCGAAAGGAUUAACAGAUCAAAUAAUCAAUGAAUGUUUACAAUGGAGAGAAAAAUUUAGAAUCAAAUUUACCGAGAGUGAACGAGGUGCCAUCUUUUUAAAGUAUUCAAACCAAACGGAAAGUAACUGGAACAACAUUGAGUCAAGUCGUGGUUCAUUUUCAAAAGGAUCAAGUGAUAGUUUUAAAUGGGAUCCAUCAAGGUUAACAUCUCGAUUCUCAGCAAAACAAUCAUAUCAUCCAAAUAACAGUACAACAUCUAAAUCAUCGUCAGGAACAUCUCGUUCAAUAGUAACUUUAAGUAGUCGCGAAAGUUUCGGCGAGGAAAUCAAAGUGACCCUUGGUGGGGAAAAUGGACCUCGUCCAUCUCGCUCAAUCAUCUUACAACCAUUACAAUCAACAAUUAAAACUGUAUUAUCUUCAUCUUAUUCAGCCAGAAGUCGGGAUGACUCUAAUUCAUCAAUACGGCGACCCAAGCCGGUUCAGCUUCCACCGAUAAAUAAUAGUAUCAAUCAACCACCGCCGUCAUCAUCGCUGCCACCACAAUCAUUUCAAUCCGAUCAGAUCAAGUCCAAAAGUCGCACCUCCGUUAAUUUGACCAAAAAAGUGACCAAUAGAAAAGGUUUCCCAUCGCCUCCUGUUUUUUUCUCAAUCAAUGAUAUUUUCUCAACCAGAAAGAAAUCAACUGAUUAUCUUAAUGAUAAUUCAACAAUUAAAUCAUCGCUUGAACUUUUAAAACGUAACAAUCAACUAAUUGCUGGAAGAUCGCUGGGAUUUGUUAAUAAGAAAGCGGAAAAAUAUCAAAAAACCGGCUCAUUGUCUUAGCACAAUUAAUCAAUUUGAACAAUUUAAUUCUGUUUAUAGACAACAAUUAAGGUGAUCAACAAUUAAUCAAUGACAAGAGUUCAAUUAAAUUGAACUAAUCAAAUUUUUACAUAAUCGUAAACUCCUAAACAAUUAAACUGCAAUCUGAUAAGUGUAAUGAUGAUUAAAUUAUUUUAAAUUGUAAAUUUUACAAUAAAAACAUUUCUUUUGAUUGA